UCAGUCUAGUUACAAAAUUGUUUUCGACGUGAGUCACGUAUCUUAAAAAUUUUUAUUCCUAGAGUUUGCAUCUGAAAGGCAGUUAAUAUCGAUAUAAAUUGAAUUUUAUAAUGCUCUUUUGCGUUUGUUUUAUCGACGAAACGUUUACGUGUGUCAGACAGAUUUAAUUGAUUAAUGGGUGCAUCGCACACGACCAAAAUGGACAAUUCUCAACGUUCAGACAGUCGAGAAAAUACAGAUGGACAACCGCGUGUGAACAGCAGCAUGCGGCCACUAUCAAUUGAAGGACCAUCAGAUAUGAAUAAUGCCCAUCCGCAAGUAUUUGAACCGUUACAAAACCAACCUAGGCAACCAACAAAUUUACAAGGAUUGCUUAGAUUUGCCAUGGAAGCGACCAGUUCUCAGAACGUAACCAGUAAUACCCAGUUUCAACCUGUGGAUGAAGAAAGGCAAGAAUUUUUGAAGCAAACACUUAGCUCGUUAUCGUGUAAUGUAAUCGAAGAAUUACAGAAAAGUAUUAAACUUUUGUCAAACGUAAUUGACCUUCGGCCAGACGACGAUACAUCAGAACAAGAAUCGGCGUUAGAGAGAAUUGCAGAUUUUGUAGAUAAUAUAGACAUUGCUAAUGACUUUUAUAAAAUAGGAGGUUUUUCUAUAUUUGGUCCGUGCUUAAACUCUCCUCAUAGCAGCAUCAGAUGGAGAGCAGCAGAUUUGAUUGCAGAACUAGCUCAAAAUAAUCCUUUUUGCCAAGAGAGGUUUCUAGAAACUGGCUUGUUUCCUACAUUAUUGAAUAUGAUAGACACAGAUUCGGUAGAAACUGUUAGAAUCAAAGCUCUAUAUGCCGUUUCCUGUAUAGUUCGAGAGCAUCCAAUAUCAUUGACAUACAUGGAUUUAAACGAUGGAUAUUCUGUCCUCUUAAGAGCUAUGCAGAGCCCAAUAAAAAAACUACAAAUCAAAUCUGCAUUUCUCUUGUCAUCUCUGUGUAACAAAGAGAAUGUAAAUAAUUUAAAAUUGAGCUUAGUAAAUAUGGGCUUGAUCGAGCAAGCAACAGGUUUACUGGCCAUCGGUGAUUUGCUUCCAGAGAUAAGGGAUCAACUACUAAAUAUUCUCGAUGGUCUGACCAAUGAUGAUUUCGCUCCCGCUUUAAAAGAAUGUCGACGAUCAGAACUUGGCUUACGAUCCACGCUCGAGCGUUACAUAAAGGAUUUAAAACAAGAAGAAAAUUUCGAUCAGAUAGAUGUAUGUUAUCGGGUAUUGAAGAAAGUUUUCUCUGAUCAAGAUACAAAUCAAGAAAGAUAAUUGUAGUUUGUAUAACGCCAGAUUUCCUUUAUUUAUAUUAAAUUUGUAUAUUAACAAACAUUAUGAGAGUCACAAAUAAAAUAAAUGUAUUUUGUUUA